AUGAGACUGGGCGCAUACUGGGGCAUCCUUAGCAAGCCGCGAUGCCAAUCAUCCUCGCAUAUACAUGUCGCCCAUCGGCUAGCGUCGACCUCCGCCAGGAAGCCCAGGAACUACAAGCCCGCAUAUCGAAGUUUUGAUCGUCUGAAGUCGCUGGAUAAAGAAGCAAAGUCGGCGGAAGACUAUUAUAUAACUGCCAAACUCGCCAGGCGACUGCAAGCGCUCGGCUUCCGUAAUGUGCAGACUGUGGCAAAGCUGUUCAACCAUCAACGAGCGGAAUUUGAACGUGGCAAAGUCGCCAGCAACAAAGCGAUCAAAAUAGCGGCGACCAGCAGGAAAUGGAUCGAGACAUACGAAGAAGCUCUCCCCUCUUCGGAGUUCAAAAUGAUGCAAGAUCCCAACACAUUGAGUCAAGUCUUCGAAGCGUUCGGUGAAUGCGACUUCCACGGGCAGAACAUGAGAAGAUGGGGAAAACUAGGUCAAUACUCGUUUCUCGUCGCCUCCGAGGCCGGCAACACCGACGCAACAGUGAAAACGGCAUUGCUCGAAAUGCAAAAGGGAGAUAUCCGACGCGAAACAGCGGAAGCCCUACGUGGAAGGGCAGCCAACAUGACCGACUGGCGUGCGAUGACCAUGUGGCUACACCGAGCAACGCAGAUGACCCACACAAAGGCCGGCGCAAGGGAAAACUACCUGAUGGCGAAGAAGUUGGAUUCCAUGCUUGAGCCAGGUGAUCGGAUCAUCAACAGAAUGCCAACCCUAGAGCAAUACGUUCCUCCAUGGAAAUUCGUCUUCAGAGCGGCAGACCACUACCUGUGGCAUCUACAGAACGAAAACCCAGACAGUCCCGAAUGCAAGCAAGUAGAAGCCGAUCUGGACAACGCCCUCCAAGCCGGUGUCGAGGAAUGGAAAGACCCCGAAGCCGCCGAGGAGCUUCUACGGCAAAAGCGCACAGCUGGAGGGAAAGACAUAAGUGACAUUCUUGAGGGGUCGGAAAGCUGGGUAUCCCUCACCACGCAGUCCGCCAUGGCGGGCAGCAUCUUGCACUCGUAUCGGCUCGCCGUGCAUCUACUGCGCGAAGAGGGAUGGUUCUGGUGGCGCCCUGGCAGCGCCAAAGGAAAAGUCGAUCCGAACACUUCACUUGGCGGAUAUUGGCUCAGUCUCAGCGCGGCUUUGGCGACGCACAAUGCCAAUGACAUGGCGUCGAGGUACACCGCGAUGAUACUCCUGCUGAGGGAGCAUGACUACAAAGAGACGGCCUACAAAUGGAUCGAAGCCGCCAAAAGAGACCUCGGGGCAUGUCCAGCAGGACCUGAAAUGCGGCUUGGACUCGACCAGCUCAAAUUCCUCACAGACAACUGGGAAGACGACUCCAUGAUGAAAAUCAAGUCCUACGAUUACCUGGACAAGGAGUACGCGAGGUCGCUAGCCAAGGAAACAGUCGACGGGUGA